AAAAAUUUGAGGUUAUGUAAAUUAAUUUUUUAAAAUAAUUUAUUAAACAAUUUUUGAUUGUCCUUAGGAUACCCUCUACAACACAACAGUACGUAAAUUUGCAUGCAAAUUUAUAAAUAAUUUAUAAUAUUUAUCAUGUGUGAAUGUACAGAUAUGAGCCUGGACAUGAAAACUCCUAGAAACAUUUAUUUAUCGGCGUUUUAUAAAAGGAGUUUUGCUUAUCAUACAGUCAAAAAUCGUAUGCCAGUGAUAAUAACUCAACUACUAGACACCCUGACUCGUAAUAAAGAUUCAAUAGUGGCUGAAUUUGGUGAAAAUUCUAGAGAAGAUUUAAAACAAGUCAUUGGCGAACUCUCAAAGUUCAAAUACGAGGUGCAAACCAACAAACCUCUAACAAAGUUAGUUGGGGAAGAAACAGAUGUAAGAAUUUACAAUGACUAUAUUGCAAAACAAGCAAGUGAAGAAGGAGAAACGACUCACUUUAAUACAAUAUGGCUUUUAGCUGAGUGUUACAUGUACAAAAGGAUUAAAGAAAUGUUCACUUUAACUGCCACACUAAAAGACUUUGAUUAUUUCAAAUCUUCAAAAACUGAACAAUACAACCAAUCAAUACAUUUAAUGGACAAUUUAAGCCAACUAGUAGUUGAUAUAAUAGACAAUCAUGAAACUUGUGAUAGGAAACAGGCAAUAUUGAAGAUGCUUAAACUUAAUUUAUGGGGCAACAAAUGUGAUUUGUCUAUAUCGCUAGGCAAAGUUGAAGGGCCUGGCCAAUUGCACGACAUCAAAGCCUUAGACCAAUUCAUUUUAGCUGACGAUUCAGAGAAAAUUUACCAAGCCCUUAUUACAAAUGACAAUAAUAAUAUUAUUGAUAUUGUACUGGACAAUUCUGGCUACGAAGUUUUCACAGACCUCUGCCUCAUGGAUAUUCUAACAACAUUUUCAUUGGCCAAAAAAAUUAGGUUUCACGUAAAAGCAAUUCCCUGGUUUAUAUCGGAUGUAAUGGAAAAAGACUUUUUGUGGACUUUGCAACAAUCAAAAGAUUGCAAAAAUAGCUACAGGCAACAAUUGGGCUCGAGAUGGACAGAGUAUCUUGCCAAUGGACAAUGGCAAGUUAUGGUGCACCAUUUCUGGACUUGUCCUUAUGAAUUCAAGUUCAUGUCUCAAUUUGCUCCAGAUUUAUAUGAAUUGCUAACUGAAUCAAAGUUGGUUAUUUUUAAAGGAGAUUUGAAUUAUAGGAAACUUUUUGGUGAAAAAAACUGGGAUCCAACUCUGUCUCCUGAAGAAGCGCUUCAAGGUUUCUUGCCCGCAAAAUUGUGCACCCUUAGGACAAUUAAGGCUGAUAUUGUAGUAGGUCUUAAGCCAGGACAGGCUGAGAUUUGCCACAAAACUGAUGAAAAAUGGAUGGAAAAGGGCGAUUAUGGCCUGAUACAGUUUAUGAGUAAAUUGCCCAAGAAUGUUUGAAAUUAUUAAGAUGAAAAUUGUAUUUGAAGUAAUAAAUAAAUUUGUCUUAUUUAA